AUGGAGGCUCCUCCGCACUCGAAGCCACUGGGCAAUUUGCAACCUGCAACCGCUCUCUACCUGCCAGAAGCUGCUCCGAGCAAAGGGCUCAGACCUGAUGCGAGUUUCAGCGGAAUCAAGGCUGAUGUGACCAGCAGCAGCCCCCCUUCCGCUUCGCAGCCGCCCAGCAGCCACACAAGUGCUGCUACCCGGCGCACCGCAGAUGAAAUGCUGACUGCACUUCGCAAGGGCACGGAUCUGUUGAAGCAUGGUCGCCUGGGCAAGCCGAAGAUGCACUUCUUCAGGCUGGCAGAGGGCGACUCAGUCCUGACGUGGCGAUCUGCCAACGGGAAGCCACGCAGCAUUCCGCUGGCUUCUGUGAAGCAGGUGAUCAAGGGGCAGUUGACAGAGAUAUUCAAGCGCCACCCACUUCCGCACAUGGCCCAUGCUUCCUUCUCGCUGAUGUACAUCGACCUGGAUCUAUCAUCGCGCACCCUGGACCUCACCUGCAGGAACCAGCAGGAAUUCGAUCUCUGGUACUGGGGCAUCCAGGCCAUCAAAGACAGGUUGAGGGCUGCAGGAACAGCCCACAGGGUGGUCAUGGGGGCACCCACUGGCGGGGCGCUUGUGCAGCCUGCCAAGUCGCUGCAGGGACAGCCUGUGGGAUCGCAGCCCCCAUCCAGCACAGCCAAAGUUGUUGGCGGAGGCACAGUGCAGGGGAGGGUGACAGGAGCGAUGGGGUUGCCAGUCCCAGAGCAGCGGCCAGGGGAUUGCUAUGUCUGGGGUUCAUCGGAUGCCGGCAUACCUCCUGCCCAGGGCUCCAUCUGCGACCGGCAGCAGAGCGCCACUCCUGCCAUUGUCGAGGAUUCCACCCAUCUGGACGUCUGCCAGGUGGCCGUGGGGCUGCGGCAUGCUGCGCUGGUGACGCGCAGCGGAGAGGUGUACACGUGGGGCAAUGGCGCCGGCGGGAAACUGGGCCUGGGGCAUGCAACUGAUGCAUGCGCGCCGCAGCGAGUGGACACGCUCUGGGGCCAGCGCAUCAGAAGCAUUGUUGCCGGCGCAGUCGUCAGCGAGGAGGGCUUCCUGUACACCUGGGGGGAUGGCGCCGCCGGCAAUCUGGGCUACAGCAAUGCCCUGCGCCAGUUCAUCCCCCGGCGCGUGGAGGGCACUCUGCUGGACCACACCAUCACCCAGGUGUCCUGUGGCCCGUACCACAGUGCAGCGCUGUCAAGUACGGGAGCGCUCUUCACUUGGGGAGACGGCCUCUGCGGCAAGCUGGGCCAUGGCUGUCUGGACAGCUGCCUGGAGCCUCGCCAGGUGGAUGCUCUGAAGGACAAGCGGGUGCUCCAUGUGGCCUGUGGAGUAUGGCACACAGCGGCGAUAGCUGCUGGGCCCAUCGGGGGCUCCAGCCUGCCGUCCUCCCUGUCAGAGCUGAGCUUCCAGGAGGCCGAAGCCCUGCGCCAUAAGCUGUCUGCUGCCUACAGCAUGCUGGAUGAGGAGGGUGGCGCGCUAUUCACAUGGGGUGGCCACUUCACCUGGGUGGACCACAGGAAGAACUCGGCCGGCCACCCUGUGGACAAGCGGGACCACCACCGCGGCUGCCUGGGCCAUGGCGACACUGCAGGAUGCCUUGCGCCCACCAGGGUGGGAGGAGCCUUGCAGGGGCUGGCAGUAAGGCAGGUGGAGUGCGGGCUCAACCUGACAGUCGCUCUGACAGCAGACGGCCGGAUCUGGCAGAUGGGCGAGACCGGCGCCCCUGGCCACAAGCUGGCCCCUUGGGAAGGUGCCAGGGAAGCUGUCCAGGUGCCAAUUCCUGAUCAUUAUGUGGAGCGGAUUGCGGUCGGCAUGCAGCAUGCGGCGGCGCUUGCCGGUCCCUUGGACGGGCAGACUGGACGCGCAGAGGAGGGCGCGGAGUGCAGUGUGAUUUUCACAUGGGGCAGGGGGCGAGAGGGCCAGCUGGGUGUGGGCAUGCAUGCUGACAGCGCCAUCCCCGCCCCAGUGGACGAGCUGCGAGGCCGCCAUGUACUCCAGGUGGCAUGCGGCGGAUGUCACACGCUGGCAGUGUGCCGCCACGAUGCUGACAAGGAAGACACAGAAGAGCGGCGCCGCGGCUACAAGGGCAAGAUGCGCGCCUGGUUCUCCAACAACAGCCGGCCCCUCGUCGCAGUCCCAGAAAAAGGCUUGGUCCUCUCCUACUCAUCCAUUUCCAUUCCUUAUGGCAGAUUUCCCAGUUUCUUUGACACCCCCACCUUCUCCCCAACGGCGAAUCGCCCAGAGCUUGACAGGCGCACCCUGCCUUCCUGGCCGUCCCCCUUGACCAGAUCAAAGGAAGCGCAACGGGCCAUGGGUCACAUGAGGCGGUCCCAGACUCUGCCUGGCAGGGUGGAGAUGCAUGCCCUGAAGCUUCCCAGGGACUCAGGCGGCAUACCGCUCUCUGAGGACCACGGUGCAUCCACAAGCGGAUCGCUGGCAUCUUUCACAGCCAACUCAGAGGCGUCGACUCCACGCAGCGUGAGAGCGGGCGUCCGCAAGAGCGCGCAUCGGCGCGCGUCCCUGGCGGCCGGCGCGCGCGCAUUCUCCACCAGCCUCGCGCAGCAGCUGCGACGCCACUCCGGCGAUGCAUACGCCGCCUCCCAGCGCCUGCUUGCAGGUGCUAAGAGCUCCAGUGCAUCCCCAUCCGAUGUGUCAGGCCCCCGUCGCGCAACCUCUCCCGAAAUGGAGGCUGCAAGCAGCACGUCCCUGGCCGAGACCUCCGCCUCGCUGCCCGAGCCCCUGACCUCAGAAGCGCCUGGCCUGGAUUUCCAACAUCCCCAGCAGGCGCUAAUUAGGCGAGGAGCGACAGAUGCGGCCACCUCACAGGGCUCCGGAGACUCGGCACAGGAUGAGAAGAGCUACAUUGCAGUGCUUGAAAAUCGGGUGGCCCGGCUGGAAGUUCUUCUUGGGCAGAACACAGCGGUCCCACCCAGUCACAGCAAUCAGCCCCAACAAUUGCCCAUGCUCAGCCCAUUUCGCACCUUGCCCUCCACCCCCGGACCCAGGGGCAUUCUGUCAGGGCGCAGGCACUCAGCAGCGGGCCCGUUCACAGAGCCCGCCAAAGCUGACGGCCUGCCGAGCGCGCAGCUUCAGGAGCCAGAAGGGUCGCAGCACGGCAGCAGCCGCGGGCCAGGCGAGGAAGCGGCCGCGUCGCCGGUGCGGCGCAUACUGCAACUGUCGCCGGAGCGUUCAAAUUCGCUGUCGCCGCGGAGCCACCGGCGCUCGCACUCGCUCGCCGACUGGAGCGCCUCGGCCGCGCCUCUGUGGCAGCCCCACGACGGUUCAUCCUCCCCUGCCGCCCUGCCCGCACCUGACAGCUACUCACAGGAUCAGCGAACCUCCACAUCCAGCAGCGCAGAAGCCCAUUCCCGGCAGCAGCAUCAGCAGCCGGCGCAUGCAGCGGGGCUUGCAGCGGUGUUGGGCGGGAGGGGCGACGGGGGCUUCUUUGGGCGGCCAGGCUCGCCGGUGAUCCGGACGGCCACAAUAGACGUGGGCGCGCUGAUGGGUGGCAGGCCACGCUCGCACAUGGGCAGCCCGCGCGGCCGGCUGCACAGCCCGACCGCGCAUGCCUCUCCAGACCGUGACAGCAGCCGCGAAAUUGGCCCGCAUAGCUGGCUGCGGCCGGGGGUUCCUUCGCCGCAAACCAGCGCGGCAAACGAGGCAGAGAGCGGUGGGGAUGGUGCUUGGGCGCUGCAGCAAGAGAGGGAGGAACUGGCGCAGAUUCGCGCGCAGCUCGAAGUGCGUGAGGCGCGCCUCAGGGCCCGCGAGCAGCAGCUUAAAUCUGAGAAUUCGUCAGGCAUGGAGGGGGGCUUCGGGCCUCCAGCAGCUGCAUGUGCUGUUCCCUCUGCAGAGGGCGAUGAUGCGCCAAAGACAGGCCUUGAGCACACAGUGGAGCCGUCGGAGGGAGUCUUUCUGACGCUGCAGGCGACGCCGUUAGGCCAGAACGCGCUCACGCGCAUCCGCUUCGCGCGCGGCCGCUUCUCCAAAGCUCAGGCCGAGGCAUGGUGGCGCGCUCACAAGGCCGAGGUCGCCGAGCGCUAUAAUCUUGCCCCGGGAUCGCCACGCGUUCCCUCCGCCGGCACCGAGUCCCCCCGCGGCGGCGACACAUCAUGGUGA